AUGGACGUCUACGGCACAUGUAAAACUGGUACACGACCUUCGAAGCCGUGGCUCUCGUCUGUCAUUCAUGUCUCGUCUAGAAGGCCAGGUGGUGGGGCUCCCGGAAUUGACAUCUCCCCUCGUCAAAGGGCAUUGAAUGAUUCGGUUCGGCGCCUGGUGGCCCUGACCUAUCGUGGUAAGGUGCACAACGCCUCAUACCUACGCAAACUGGAACCGAGAACCCGUUUACCUCGUCAUACCAAGCGCUGUGAACGCAUUGGUGUCCAAAAGCGGGCCCCGAGCUGCCACAUCAUUGUUCAGUUCCUCCGGGGUCAGAUCUUCGUCACAGGCGAUCCAUUCCAUAGCGACUUCGUCUGGAGGUGUUUCCCCCUCGGGGUCUUCAUCCUAGCAAACUACCCUGAGCAGGGAUUCAACUACGCCCACUCUUCUGCAUGGUAUUCCGAAUCUGUCGUUGUCGUUCCAACCAAUGAUUCAAUGUGGUUCGAACUGUGGAUGACCUUCACGACGUGUCCCGUGCUGUAUAGGAGCGGACUUCCUACCAUAAUCCUCCCAGAUUGGAUCCAACGUUCUCGAUCAGUAAAUGGAACCACUUACCCUCUGCCCCAAGGCAACACAGCUUGUAAUCUGGUUUUGUGCGGGCCUUGCUCUAAGUUGCAACCCCACCGGGAGUCCAACAAUGCUUUCGCUCUCUACUGUCUACUUUCUUCGGGCCCAAGUUUUCGGCAUUGGUGCCCUGUUCUUAUCGCAGCCCCAACGAUAUUUAGGACUGAAACCCCGCAAUCGGACAUGCUUCUCAAGCUCAAGCCCGAGUAUGUCUCAAGCGCCGACAUCUAUAUCACUUGUGCUUGGCCGUAUCAAUCCCCCGGCAUGGAUAUUCCCCAGCUGCUGCGUGGGACGUGGGUCCAACGUGGGUCCCGCUGA